AUGUCGAUAAUAAAUAUGAUGAAUUAUACAAAACAGUCAUCUAGUAUUUGCCCCACCAACGGCCGUCAGGCUGUUGGAGAUGGGGCUUUCUACACCGACAUAACUCCUAGCGUGCUGGCAGUGUGCCACAUGGAGGGAAACGACUCCAUGUACUAUUACUCUACUACGUUCUCUGGCGGGCCCGGGGUGAGUACUCGCAAGACUCUCAAAAACGUUGGCGGUUUUGACACCCCCAAAGUAAAAUGCCCUCCCGACAGAGGGUCGUCAGACUGGGUGACAGACAGUCUGGCGCCAGCCAUUGCUUCCCCUUCCUCUUCCCCUUCCGAUACUUCCUCCACGCUAUCAUCGUCUCUCAGGGCAGACAGCCUUUACUCCAAGCCAAUCGAUUAUCCUCCCACUCCGCCUCCUGACUUUACCCAUGGCCAGCCGAGCGCGCCCCGUGCGAUUGCGGGCAAGGGCGCACAUGCACCCCUCCCCGACAUCGCUACUCCUCCGCUGACGCCUGACGACGCGGAGGAAGGCGGGGGCAGCCUCGCAGCCAUCAGUGCGAAGCAGCAAGAUACGGCGCUCGAGUUCCUUUCAACGCUCUUCCCGAUGAACGCAUUGGGCGCAUUGCCGCAUGCGAAGAGUGUGUCCAUCUCUGGUCCGAACUUGGGUGCCGCCUUCGACGGCGUUGUGCUCGAGUUACCGGGCAAACCAAAAACGCUUUAUGUCGACGGAAAAAGCGCAGCAAACGUCAACUUGAGAGAGAGCAUUGUUGCGCUGCUGGAUCUGGCGGAUGAGAGUCUGCAGUGUUCGGCUCUGGUCAUUGCAUUGGAGAAGUCGUCUCCAUUCCUUGGCGACUUGCUUCAUUCUUUGAUGUACGUCGGAGGAUCCGUUGUCACUAAACCACCCUUCCAGGUUGACCCUGCCUACGUUCUCGUGGGAUUGGAGAUUUGA